AUGAUUGAAUAUGAGAAGAUGAGCAAUACAAAGGGCCUGGAGCACAUCGCACGUGAUUGGAGUGGAGUAACAGGCAUUAUGUCACAAAUGUCUUGCCCUUUCAAUCCCAGGCAGAUCGAGCUUUCAUUCAUUGACAGGCUGGCACAACAGCGGAACGCACUCUGGGAACACUACCAUGAAGAUGAAAAAGGUCCGGAUUGUGUUUGGCCUCGAGGUCUUCCGAUGCAGCGCCUAGUUCCAGGGAAUGCAUGGGUGUAUCAUGCUUUGAAACGUCCGGAGGAAGCGCCAUACAUAUCGUCAAGAGUCAACAGCAUUCUUUUUUGUUCAUCAGAGAUCAUGAUGACCAUCGUUCCAAAAAGCCACCCCACGGAACAUUGGAUGGUGGACGACCUUUGGUUUGCAAUUCAGGCUUCUAUUGUCAAGGACAAGCCGGCUGAACGCGAGCAGCGCAUUCUGAGUAUCUGGGAAUAUUAUUCCUCGAAACUAGAACAGCACAAAGCUCAACUUGAGUCUUUUAAUAAGUGGCUCUCGACUCAUGUAUGUAAAGCAAGAAUGAGAAAGGCUGCCAAUAUCAUCAAUCCCUCCUUAGCUCUUUCGUUCAGAAUCGCCCCCGUUCCGACAGGCUCACUACCAGUUGAAUGGAUUCCUCAAGAUGAAACUGAAUCCAGCACAUCCAAAUCUUUGAAUGAGGAGGAAGAAGAACCUCCCUGCACUGUUCUUCUAUGUCGCAUGCUGGGUAAAGUUCCGGUGACGACUGCCCUUCCGGCAAGAGACUCACGAUCCAAACCGCCACCAAGCUUUCCCAUGUGGACAUUCGACAAGAAUUUAUUGGAGUCCGGAUUCCAAGAUGAUAUGACCCAUUUUAAGCACUCCAUAGCUUUGUCUGCACUCCUAUUCCUGGCAUCUUACACCAAAGGUUCCCAAGUGUUGCAAGCCGCAUUUCCCGACGAUGAAAAUCCGCGCUACCCACCCAUACGCCUUGCAGAUUCAUUUAUCACCCGGGCCAAAUCUGGCGAAGCUAGAUUGGUACUGAAAGCUCCAGUGAACGCCUUGAAAAGAUGCGGCAAAGGAGUUCCGGCUCAGCUGUUGCGGGAUGUCAUAUGGUCUCUUUUGGACACCCUGAAAGCAGAUCCGGAUUCGACUAUGUAUUCGCAUAUCUUGUUCCGCACCCUUGACUUGAUCGAGUUAUUGCUCUGCUCAGAUCAGCCUCAGCUUACAGUUGACAUCCUUCUUCGGCUGUGGAUGGAAUUCCCUGACAACUCAUCCCUGCACCGCAAGAUUAGUCUCACCAAUGUUGGCUGCAGACUACGACCUGAACAAGCCGAGGAGAUGAUGGUGGCCCUUGCGAAAGCAGUAUGUGAAGCCAUCGAGUCCCAAGAGAAGCAGGUUUCCGGGAAGCAGGGCAAACUGUUUGUCAAGGUUACUACUGCGAAGAUGUUGGCGAAAGCCGUGGGCGAAACAGAUUGUAUCUCACAAUCCAGUCGAAUGCAUAUCCUGAAGCGUAUGCUCGAUGUCAGUCGCCACAUUGACAUUCGCAGAGGGAUCUUAGACUCCAUUCUGGUUCUUUUCAACAUCAGUAAUAGUCGCGAGCUAUACGACCUUUUCUCUUCUGUUGCUUUGUCCAUCGCAGGUCCAAGUGAGGAAAAGGUGACAACCGAAGAGGAGUGGAUUGCAGCAGAAAGACAAGAUGGACCUUUACCAUUAAUUGCGGAGAGCAUCCAACGCCCAAUAAUUCAAUUAUUUGUCUUCACUGCCUCCUCCAGGAUCCCAAAGGAGCUGCGGUCACACUAUGCUGAGAACGUCUUGCUGCCACUGUUGGAGGAAUCCUGUCGUCAGCAUACCCGAUGGCUGGCUAUCGUAUGUGCUAAGCUUGGUUUGUCAAUUUCUAAGUUAGGUAUCACAGAGCAGGAAGUUGGACCUUUCGCACCCAAUCUGGUUCAAGGAAUUUUCUCGGAAUGGAGAGAGCAUCUUCCAGCCAUGUACUUGCAGAACUAUCACCGUCCGUGGGCAAUGGCCUAUUUGCGCUUCAAAUCCUUUGACAAAAUAGCAAAGAAGCUUGCCAAAACAAAGGACCGUCAUUUAAGCUGUUCCCAGGUUACAGGAUACUGGAACUUAUUCUUCAGAAACCUUCAGACACGACCUAAUCUGUACAGUCUCGAUUCUCGCCUCAAUGACGCCCUGACUCAGCCUGAGGCUGGAAUCAGUGCCGACAUGAUGGUUGAGGAUAUUCUGUGCCGUAUUGAAUUGAUCUCCAAAACACCCAUUCGACGCGAUACCUCUUCUGAGAAGUGGAUUCUCAGACCGAACUACAGCAUUGAGAUUCUACGAGAUCUCCAAAAAUCUCGCGUGAAGGGAUUGGAGGACUCUUUCUACAGACCGACGAUCUACUACCGAAUCACAGAUGUCAUGACGCGAACCAUUGAGCUUUUCAAUGCAACCAGGAACCAAGACUGGCCGUCUAACCUGGCAAAAGGCUUCCCCAUGACACUACCAUCUUUCUUUGAGUAUGAAGUAUUGGUGUUACCCUCGCCAGUUUACAACCCUAUUGAUUCAGAGGCGAACUCAUGUAUCAAGAUUUUCGCCGGCUCGGUGAUUUCUUUGAUACACAAGUACGCAAGUGACCCCGAGUGUGUCUUACUACUCCAGCUCAACGUCUUGGAGUCUAUCUUCAACGAGAUAGAUCAAGCAGACAAAAUGGAAUGUGCACUGUAUCUUGGUCGUAUCAAACACGAGCAACUUGGUCCUGUUGAAGCUUGUGUCAGAGUCAAGCUGGCACGGAAGAUUUUGGACAUGGAUGCUAUGCCUCAGCGAAGCAAGAGAAAAUCGGAUGCUAGCUGUGAGGAAAUGGUGGAGGAAUGGAAAACCAGUGGGAUUGAUCUUGUUCGACAGAUUGGAUGGGCAUAUGAGCAGUCGGGGUGGUAG